AUGGAUCUCAACAACGAGCCAAAUUCAGGGUCGAGCGGGUCGCAAACUCCCACGGUUUCCGUGGGAGAUGAUACCCGGGAUGACAUCUGGUGGUGGUAUGCCUGGAUGACAGGGGACACCGGGGGGUCAGGGAGGACCGGGGAUGCAUCGCGGGAUGACGAUGAUGCCGGGGGGUCAGGGGGGACCGGGGAUGCAUUUUGGGAUGCCGAUGAUGUCGGGGUGGGCACCCGGGAUGCAGGCGACGCCGGGGUACCCGGCGAUACAGGGGACGCCGGGGAUGGCGGGGAUGUAGGGGACGCAGGGUACACCGUGGGGGCAGGGGACGCCGGGGGGCUCUGA